AUGAAUUUUAAAAUACCUCAAUUUCCUGACUUUGAGAUUUCUAUUACAGCGUUUGAAAAUGUUACAAAUAGCGAAAGCAUACGGUCUAAGGUGGCUACACUCCCUUAUGCCUUCCUUGAUGCCAGAAUGAUUUACUCUCAGGAACAGCUGUAUGCUGCUUUAUACAGAGUUCUGGUAGAGCAGAACUAUAACAAACUUAGGACCAAGACCAUACAUUCUGAAAUUAUGUUAUGUUUAUCUCCAACAUCUAAUAUUGGUGAUGCUUUUAAAAAAUUCGGCAUAAAAGAGGAUAGUAGCACGGUAAUUUGUCUUCAUAUUAAAGAUAGAUCUGAUGAGCCGGAACUACCUUCUCUUUCAAGCAUCGUUGAAGGGCAAGAGAUUUCUCUAAGUAAGGAAUUCAUUAACCAGCAUCGUGAUAUCGGCAUGGUUGGUCAUGUAUACAAAAUUAACGGAGAAAUGAUAGAAAACUCUACCGAAGACCAGGUAUCCUCUAUGAUUGUCAAUAUGAUUCAACUACGUGGAUUAUAA